UAACAGAGUUCAUUCGGUGUCAUUCGCUCACUGACAGUCCUCGUCAAAACAGCUGAUCGACAAAAUAAAACUUUAACAAGAAAUUGUUUUCGUGGAGUUUUCCCAUCCGAAACAGCAUGCCUGACAAGAGAACUGUAGUUGUUACUGGAUUUGGACCCUUCUGGGAACACAAGGUGAAUGCCAGCUGGGCAGCAGUUCAGGAAUUACAGCGUUUGGGCCUUCAGGAUAAAGACAUAGAACUCAUCACUGUAGAAGUUGCUGUUGAGUAUGAGUCUGCUAAGAAACUAGUACCCCAACUUUGGAAAGAGUAUGACCCAUGUCUUGUGGUCCAUGUUGGUGUGUCAGGCAUCGCUAAAGAGCUAACAUUGGAGCAGCAAGCACAUAACACAGGUUAUGAUAAACCAGAUGUUGGGUAUUUAAUUCCCCCUACUAAGUGCUGUUAUCAAGAUGGUCCUGACUGUAUUUUAAGCCAAAUCAAUAUGUCAGUUGUCUGCAAUGAUGUCAACUCAUCUAACUGUCCCACCAAUGCAGUUGUGUCUUACAAUGCUGGAAAAUACCUGUGUGAUUUCGUCUACUACAUCUCCCUUUACCAAAACUGCGCCCAGACUGCCUUCAUCCAUGUACCACCGCUAGGCAAGCCAUACUCUGUCAGACAACUAGGAGAAGGUUUAAGAGCUGCUAUACACAGCAUUCUCAAGCAAGUAAGGCACACCAAGGAUUCGUGAUGCUGGCCAUCCAGCCCCGCCCCCGAAAAAAAUCUUUGGUUUGUGAAUCUUACACAGUGGAUCCGAUAAUACGAAUCAUGUAUCAUGUCUGUUAAUUUUAAUGUAGUUGUUAGUGGGAGCAGUGUAAUUGGACUAUACUGAAUGACCAGGCCUUGAGCUUUGUUAUUCUACAACCCUUCUGACUGGCGUCACACUUUAAAACCAAAAAAAAAGGUCUGCCAUGCUGCGAUACAUGCACAUGUACAAAGUAGGAUAUUUACAUUUGUGUGGUCACAAACUUCCCAUCCAUUCUGGGCAAGUUUUGGGCUGUUUCAGGCUGCAAACCUAAGCUACAAUAUGUGGAACACUCUCCCAUGACUCGGGUUGAAGCUCAAUGCCUGGUUUACUAAUAAUUGUGUGAAUAAAGUGUGUUUUAGUGGUUCUUGUGGAUUUUUUAACUGAGAUUUAAAGAGAUUAAUUUGUGAUGUAAGCUUUUAAAGGUAAUGUUUCAUAGAUAGAAUCUUUACAAGCAACUUUUGUAUGUACAUGUUAAUGCACAGAGCACCAACUCAUGCAUAUUAUAAUAAUAUCAAGAUGUUUAAUUUUUUCUUGGAAGGAAGAGUGAUGUUUUGUUGUUGUAAUUAAUGCGAAGCCUGGCCGGCCCAGGAUGUAUUAUUUAAAUUAAACAAAUCAUGGAAUAACUAAUGGCAGUAGAGUAUACAUGUGCAGAGAAAAACCUUUUUUUUGGUGGUCCAUUACCAGGAGAGAAUUCUUUCUAAAAUGCUUUUUGUCCAGAGCUCUGCAGGGUUCACUACUCCCUCAAUGCAUAGACUUGCUUGGGAUAACCAGCCUUUCCAACCUUAAGUUAAAAGCUAAUGUGUAUUUUUAAAGCCUUGUUUGCAGAAUCCUCAAAGAAAUAAUCAUUAUUACCUUCAAGUACGCGCUAAUCCUCCAAUCAGAUUUGCAGAAUGGAGUGGUGAUAAAAACCUAUAUUGCACGGCUAAUAUCACUACCUGCGUCUAUGUCACGCGCCAAGUUUGCUUGAAGAUAAAUACAUUAUCACAUGCGCGCUCAUGGUCAUGGAAAAAUAAAGCGCGUCUGCGUCCCAUAUCCAACUCGGCCUUCAGCCUCGUUGGAUAUGGGACGCAGAAGCGCUAUAUUUUUCCGUAAUCCACUCGUGCUUGUGUGAUAACUUAUAAUAUGUUUGAAAGUACAAAGUAUCACAGCAACAACAUUGAAACCUAAGAGGAGGAAUCUUCAAGCAGACCAAAGAGCUAUAUAUGUAGCUCUAUGAAGCAGACACAAACCUCAGCUUUGAUCUUGACCAUCCGUUCUUUACAAUGUUAAAAAUAUACAUAGCAAAUUAUUUCUCAAAGACAUGAUAUUAUUAGGUGAAUAUGUGUACAGCAACAUUCAAUCAGGCGCAAAAUUAUAUGAAGCAGAAGCUAAUAGAUAUUAAUUUUCAGAGUAGAAGUUUGAGAGCAGUUGAAGUUAAUCAUCUUAAAGUUGAAAAAGGAAGGUGACCAUUUUCAGGGUAUAAAAUAAGACACUUCUUGACACCUCCGCCUGCAAGAUUGUAAUCAGAAGUAGGCUAUGUUUUAUGAUGAAUGUUUAAUUCAAGUUUGUCAGGAAUUUGAAAGCAAGUUAAAGAUGCAGUCUUCUGUAGUACAUGUACAUGUAUUUGAUCGCUAGAUUCAUGUAUUCAUGUAUCUUUUAAAGAUAAAAAGACGUUCAGGAGUAAUUGCAUGGUGAAAUAGGUUCAUUUGUAUAAAUGGAGAAUGAACAAGCUUUCAUGCAAAUAGAUUUCUGCAAAAAUCACAUCACAAUGUCUCAAGUCACUGAAAAUUCUUCCUUGGUGAAUUGGUGUCAACUUUUGCAAAGUGGAAUUCCACUUUAAAUUCCAACAGUUUCGAUUUGCCAUCUCAUGUCUAGAAUAAUUUAGAUCCUUUUUUUUUAAAUAUAUAUAUUUUUUCAAAUUGCAUAUCUAUUAAACGAAAUAUUUUCCAAUACAGAUUUUAUUCUUCUUGAAGUCUUUUUCUUCUCAAUAUAUUAGUUAUCACACAAGCGCGAGUGGAAUACAGAAAAAAAAUAGCACUUCUGCACUCCAAAUUCAACAAGGCCACAGACCAAUUGGAUAUGGGACGCAGACAUGUAUUUUUGUUUGUAUUCCAUGAGUUUAUGUGUGAUAAAAUUUUCUCUUCCAGCCUCAAUUAGUCAACCUCGUAAAGAGUUCAUGACGAACAGCAUGCUUGCACAAAAUAUAGAAUGCAAUUUUUUUCACUGAACGUAUGCAGAGCAUGACACAUUGACAGUCACAACACGCAGAGUGCAAUAUAAAAACUGGGAGUAGGUUAUGGCUUAUUAUGACACUCCAGUUCGAGCAUCUGAUUUGAGGAUUAGAGCGUACUGGAAGAUUAUUACUAUAGUCAAUCAAAGUAUUUAUUUUUGUCUCGGCUUCUCCCCAAUGUUUGUUAACCCAGAGAAUACUUCAAAAUUUAUGCUGUAAAGUCUUUUGGAAAAUUAGUAUUACAUGUAUGUGCAGUGUCAAACUAGAUCAAAAACAAACUUCAGUACAAUUUUGGAUGAAAAAAAGGUUGGUGUGUUAUUUAGCUACACAUUUCCUUGUUUUUUGGAAAAACCUUAAAACCUUUCCAAGUACUAUUCUUAAAGUGUAUCUGUAGUUAGGCAUAAUAUAGUUGAAAACUAUAAUUCCUCAACAAGGGAAAUUGUUACCAUGUAAAAUUGUUUCUAUAUAUUUUUUUACAUUUUGUUUAUUUAAUUAUUAUUCAUAAAUACCUCAAACAGUUUCGCUUUUCCUAAUUAUUUGUAAUCGACCCCUGGUCCUGGUCCAUUAAUUAUUAUGACACUUGUAAAGCGCAAACAUAUCCACCUAACAAGUAGGCGCUCAAGGCGCGACAAAGAAAAACAAUGAACAAAAUCAAGAUAUCACUCCUGUAAAACCUGUAAAACGUGCCUGUAAUCUAUGGUCAAUUAACCUUUACAAUUGUUGGCAUGCUGUAAAGAAUCCAACAUACAUGUUUGGUGUAGUAUUUGUUUUCAAUGACUCUUGUUCAAACCAGCAUAAAUUAAAGACUUGGAUUUUCCUUAUUAUGGUACAAACCUUCCAUCUCUUUACUAAUACAUAUACAUACAUACAAAAAUGUUUUAUAUACCGCCACAUCAAGACCACAGCGGUUUGAAGUUGAAGUUGAAGUUUUGAUUGUCAUCAAAUCUUAUAUAAUUUGAAAGCCAGACUUUUCAUGCCAUGUGCAAUUUUGCUAUGCUGACAAGCAGGCUGUUUUUUUCUUUUUUAAGAUAUUUUAAUUAUUAGCAUUUUACAGUUUUGUAUUAAUUACCUAGAGAUCAUUUAAGAUACUAACAUACAUGUUGUUUGUGACGUUAAUAAUAAUAAUAACCAAUUUGCAAAGAAGUUUAUGUCAUUGGAUUGAAAUUGUGUGAUAUAAUAUGUCUUGUGUUAUGGGAGAAUGGAGUAAUCAGUUGACAUGGUUAAAGAAAACAAUCAACAAUCCAUGAAUGGGUUUAUUGUGAUGUUUAUAGACAUGAAUGGUCUCGGGUUAAAACUACAUUAAUGGUGCUAGUAGGUAAGAGCAAAGAAGAAUUACCAGGUACAUCCAUUCUUCUUAAUGUACACAUACCAGGCUAAGCAUUCUGUUGUAAAUAUGUAUCCAGUUUAUAACCUACAUGUAUAGUGUUCCCAAGUUUCAUUCACCUUUGAAAACUUAACAAAUAAAACAACAAUCGCUUUAUCAGGUUUUGUGCACAUUCAUAUAACGGGCUAAUUUUGAUGAUGGCAACAUAAAUGAGCAAUGGUUCUUAUGGAGUCUGCACAUGCAUUUUCCUUGACAGUGUUCAUUAUUUCCAAUAGAAUUGAUUAAGGAUUGGUAAUUUGGUAUACAGUCAACUCUCAGAUUCAGACUAUUUGUUACUUUAAACAAAUACAAUCAAUGUUAAAUGUUUUGUCUCUAAACUUGUACUGUUUCUCCGAAAUAAUUUGAAUCCAUGAUUACAGAAUAAACGAGUAUGACAUUGG